AUGAGGUGGGCAUUACUCGUCGUCAUAUUAGUCGUGCCGGCUUUUUCAAGGCCUCAAGCUGACGGCAAGGAAGAGCAUCCCGCUGAUGGUAUGUUGACGAGAAAAAUGGAGAAAAAAAGUUUUUCAAAAAUGAAAAAAAAAUAAAUAAAAAAGUAAUAAAAAACUAUAAUAAAAAAUUCAAAAAUUUUUUUUUAAUCCUCUUGUUUUAUUUCUCAUAUUCUUUUAUUUUCAGACCUAAAAUGCCCGAAAAUUAACAAAAAUUAAAAAAAACAAUAAAGAAAACCAAACAAAAAUUUUUUAAUCAAUUAAUCAAAUGAUUUUUUUGUAAUUUUUUACCUCAUUUUCACCAAUUUUUUUCUAUUUUAGACCUAAAAUCCCCGAAAAUUUUAAAAAAUUUUUAAAAAAUAAAAAGAUCAAAGAAUUUUUUUAACCAUUUUACCCCAUUUUCACCUAUUUUUUCUAUUUUAAGACCUAAAAUCCCCGAAAAUUAUCAAAAAUUUUAAAAAAAUAAAAAUAUCAAAAAAAUUUUUGUAAUUUUUUACCUUAUUUUCACCUAUUUUUUUCUAUUUUCAGACCUAAAAUGCCCGAAAAUUAUCAAAAAUUUUGAAAAAAUAAAAAGAUCAAAAAAAUUUUUGUAAUUUUUUACCUUAUUUUCACCUAUUUUUUCUAUUUUCCGACCUAAAAUGCCCGAAAAUUAUCAAAAAUUUUUAAAAAAUAAAAAGAUCAAAAAAAUUUUUUUAAUAAUUUUACCCCAUUUCCACCUAUUUUUUCUAUUUUCAGACCUAAAAUGCCCGGAGGAUCGAGUCUCCUACUUUGUGACUCCCCACGUCUCCCCUCUGGCCUCUUAUUCCUAUCGCGUUGACGAAAUUGAGCUCGAAAAAUGCCAGGAAUGGUGUUCGAAGAACCUGAAUCCCCAAGAUCAGCCAGCCACGUGUGCCUCAUUUACCUACAAUAACGACACAAAACAGUGCAAAUUGUAUCCCGAGAAGACGUUCCCGGAUGGGCUUUUGGAGAGGAGGGACACCAAGAAGCCCAAAUUUUUGUAUGAAAAAUAUUGUCUGCCAGGUAAGGAGAAAAAAAAAUUCUGCCAGGUAAAUUUUAGCCCUUGAAACGGAAUGCCAAAAAUGGCGGAAAAUUUGAAUUUUUUGAAAAUUCACAUGCGAAAACACCACGAAUACGGCCUGAUAGUUUCCAAAAUGCUACUGACGACUGUUCUAAGUCUUCGUUUCGACCAUAAAAUCCAAUUUUAGCCCUUGAAACGGAAUGCCAAAAAUGGCGCGAAAUUUGAAUUUUUCGGAAAUAGGCUGAGAACGAUAACAGUAAAAGUCAUGUUUAAAAAAUUUUUUUUUUCAUCAAAAAAACUAGAAAAAAAUCAAUCCAAAGAAAAUUUUAUCCUUUGAAAAAUUUUUUUGAUACUUAUUGCGUCAUUUUUGCCCCCAAAUUUUGACAAUUUCCCCCCAAAAAAAACCACUCAAAAUCUUUCUUCCCCAAAAAAUUUUUUUUUCAGAAACCCUCUCCGCCGAUUGCGCCAAGGUCCAUUUCCGUCGCGUGGACGAGAAAAUCCUCAAGGGCUAUGCGCAAGCGACGGCUAUGGUCCGAACUUUGGGCGAUUGCAUGACGCAAUGCAUCAAGGAGACCGACUUCCCAUGCAAAUCGGCCAUGUUCUUCUACGAGGAAGGAGAAUGCAUCACCAAUUUGGAGAGUGAUGACGUCUCGCCUGAGGGGUUGACUGAGCCGGAGGACGAUGACAGAGCCAUCUUUAUUCAGAAUGAUUGCUAUUUCAAGAACCACAAGAGUGAGUUUGAAUUCCCAAAAAUUGUUUAGGGAUUUUUUUUACCUUUUAUACCAUUUUUGGUAGUUUCAAGGAAUUUUUAGCCCUUGAAACAGAAUGCCAAAAAUGGCGGGAAAAUGGAGUUUUUUGAAAAUCCACGUGCCAAAAUAGCACAAAUACGGCCUGGUAGUUUCUAAAAUGCUACUGAUGACUGUUCUAAGUCCUCGUUUCGACUAUAAAAUCCAAUUAUAGCCCUUGAAACGGAAUGCCAAAAAUGGCGGAAAAUUUGAAUUUUUGAAAAUUCACAUGCAAAAAUAGCACGAACACGGUCUGACAGUAUGCAAAAUGCUACUGAAUGCUGUUCUACAGCUUUUUUCACUUUAAAAUCCAAUUUCAGCCCUUGAAACAGAAUGCCAAAAAUGGCGGAAAAUUUGAAUUUUUUUUAAAUUCACAUGCAAAAAUAGCACGAAUACGGCCUGAUAGCUUCUAAAAUGCUACUUACGACUGUUCUAAGUCCUCGUUUCGACCAGAAAAUCCAAUUUUAGCCCUUGAAACGGAAUGCCAAAAAUGGCGGGAAAUUUGGAUUUUUCGGGAAAAAAUUGUCGAUUUCAGCCUGAUUUCGGACUCACUCAACGGGAAGAUACUUUUCGUUACCAGUAAAAAAGUUUCUGGAUUCGACUUUUUUAACAGUUGAAACGGAAUGCCAAAAGUGGAGAUUUGAAUUUUUUUAUUUUACAUAUAUUUUACAAAACUAAUUCCAGACGACACCAAGCCCGAACAACCCAAAGAAAAGCCAGAAGAAGAGAAGAAAAUCGAACAGACGACUACCGAAAAACCCACCGAAGCUCCAACCACUCAAGCCCCACUUGUCGAAAAGGUUGUGGUCGAUGAAUCAACCAAGCCAGAGCCCAUUCAUGAGGAAAUAACUGAGGCUACUAGCCCCAAAGAGGAUAAGAAUGCUAAAGGUAGCGAAUAUUUUUAUGAGAAAAUGGGAUUUUUUGGGAGAAACUAGGAGAAAAUCUUAUGGAAAAUAUAACAAAAAAAAACUGAAAACUUAGGCUGAAAUCUUUGUAAAAUAUUGUAAACACUCCGCAGCAACUUUUUACACCAUUAUUGGCAGUUUCAAGGCAUUUUUAGCCUUUGAAACAGAAUGCCAAAAGUGGCGGGAAAUUUGAGUGUUUAAAAUCUCACCUAGCAAAAUAACACGGAUACGGUCUGAAAGUGUCUGAAAUAACACUGAACCCUGUUCUACAGCCGUUUUCACUUUAAAAUCCAGUUUUAGGCGUUGAAACGGAAUGCCAAAAAAUGGCGGGAAAUUUGAUUUUUUGGAAUUUCCACAUGGAAAAAUAACACGAAUACGGUCUGACAGUAUUUGAAAUGAUACUGACUGCUGUUCGACAGCCUUUUCGCUUUAAAAUCCAAUUUCACCACUUGAAACGGAAUGCCAAAAAAUGUGGGAAAUUUGAAUUUUUUGAAAAUUUUGGUCGAUUCUAGCCUGGUUUCGGAUUAAAGUAACGUGUAUAUACUCUUGACUACCAGUAAAAACGUUUCUAGACAUUUGAAAUCGACUUUUUUGACAGUUGAAACAGAAUGCCAAAAGUUGCGGGAAAUUUUAAUUUUUGAAAUCCCCAUUAAAUCUAAUGCCUGAGUUACAUAUCAAGUUAGCUGAAAAUUAUAUUUACACCUAUUAAAAUAUAUUUCUUCCUUCAGAAUCCACCACUCAACGCAUCCAAACCCUCCACAUUCAAACGUUGCCCCCAACUGAAGCCGCCGAAGAGCCGGCGAAGCCAUUGGAAAUUGUCGACCAAGACAUUCCAAGUGACAUUCAGCCAGCGGAGAAGAGUGAGAAGCGUCCCGAGCUGUAUGGAGCCAAGAUCUUGGUGAGUUCGAGGGGAAAUAAAAUUUUUCGGGAAAUUUGGGGAAUUUUUUUUUUUUUUUUUUUUUUUUUUUUGAGAAUUUCGCUGUCAUGCAAACUUCUGAGCCUAAAACAAUGUUUGAAGCCAAUUUUCACCCCCAAAAACUUUCAGCAACCCACCGAAACGGACGGAAAUCUCUUCCAAGCCAUCAAUUCCAAGGCCUCCGAGCCCAAGCCCUCAAAAAUUGGGGCGCCAGAAUCCGCGAAAAAACUCAAAAUCAACGUUCUACAUACCGAGCCUUUCCAUCCGAACGCCCCAUCUCCACUGAAUGCUCCAGCACCACCUCCACUCAACGACGAAACCCAAUAUUUCACGACUUGGGCCCCAUGGACUCAAUGCAAGAUGGCGGGAGAGCGACGAAUCCGCAGGAGAAAGUGUUUGGACCUCAAGAAGUGCAAAGGAGCCCUGAUGCAGAUCGAGAAUUGCCCACAUGAAUUGAUCAAGGAGGAGGAAGUUGCGCCACUUGAUAUCACAGCUAGUGAUGAUGGUAAGUUAAUAUAAUUUUUGAACGGAAACGCUCUACGAAGGUUCUGAAAACCUUCGCAAGCCUUUUAUUACAAAAAAUUAAGUUGAAUCGACUUCAAAAUUUUAAAUUUUGAACGUUUUUUACGGAUUUUGCCAUUUUAUACGAUGAAAGGUGUCCGAAAGUUACAGUAAGGGUUGGGGUAAAACUAGAUGUUAAGAAUUGAUUAUAGAGCUAUGGAAUAGCUCAUAGCACCAUCAUUUUGUUUCUAGGCCUUCGUAGCAGAUUUUUGCCAGUUUAUACGAUGAAACCUGUCUGAAAGUAGCGAAUGGCAGAGAUUACUGUAAAAUAAUGUCACAAAAGCUUUUCAUUAAAUAAUUUGGAUAGCUCGGGUAAAUUCUUCCCAAUUUUGCCCCUAGGAGGCUCAAUCAAUGAUUUGCGACGUUUUAUACGAUGAAACUUGUCCAAAGUAGUGAAAGUCAGGGAUUACUGUAACAUAACAAAAAUUGUGACAAAAAUCUGCGCGACGGAUCAGUGGAAUACGUAUCGGUCAACUACUUCCCGAUUUUGCCCCUAGGCAACACGAUAAAUAAUUUGCCACAUUUUAUACGAUAAAACGUCUCCAUGUAGUGAAAGCCGGAGAUUACUGUAACAUAAUGUGACAAAAAAUUGUCAUUGGAACGUUUGGGGCCCACUUUAGUCGCAUGCUACCCGAUUUUGCCACUAGGCAGCUCCAAAAACACUAUGCGACAUUUUAUACGGUGAAACCUGUCCAAGAGCAAAAGUUCCAAAAUUCUGUUUUACACGUGACUUGACGUGACUUUAUGCCCCUAAAAUUUCAAUUUUCAGCCUUCGCGCACGGUCCCGUGGGCCCUGCCCGUCAGCCGUUGCCGGUGGGGAUCUCCACUCAACACGAAGCCGGCGCUCCCCCAGCCAUCCUACCGCCCAAACUCUCCAACGAACGCGUGGAGAAGCUGCCCGACGGCGCUCCCGGCCAUCCCGACGACGUGUGGUCGCCCUGGUUGGGGAUCUGCCAGCAAUUCGCGUCGUCGCAGCCCUGCAAAGGCGGCCAAAUGAUUGGGUUCGAGUCGCGCGAGUGCAUCGCCAAGGAUCCGGCCGCUUGUCAAGGCCCGUUCUUCCGUUAUUGCGUGCUCCCCUGCUGA